AUGAAAGGUGUCUCUGCGGCGAAGGUUCUGGCCAACAACGGCGUAACGGACUUCGUGAUCCUCGAGGCUUCAGACCGCAUCGGCGGCAGGAUCCUCAAAGAAAAAUUCGGCGGCGUGUCCGUCGAGCUCGGAGCCGGUUGGAUCGUCGGAGUCGGAGGCAAAGAGACUAAUCCUGUUUGGGAACUAGCCACCGAAUUCGGCCUCCGAACCUGCUUCGCCGACUACACUAAUGUGCGAUACAACAUCUACGAUCGCAGGUCACCUGGGAAGAUAUUUCCUAGAGGAAUCGCUGCGGAGUCGUACAAAAAAGCCGUGGAAUCAGCAGUUCAGAAAUUACGAAAUAAAGAAGAUUAUGGAGGAGACGAUAAUGGCUCCAACUCCAAAAUAGACGAACCACCUUCGUCUGUUCCUGGAUUUGUGAAAGUUGUGGAUGCAGAGGCGGUACCAGUAUGUACCUUUAGAGACUUAGGCGAAAGGGAAUUUUUGGUUGCAGAUGAAAGAGGUUUUGAUUAUUUGGUGUAUAAAAUGGCUGAAGAUUUUCUGUUCACAUCGGAAGGUAGAAUACUGGACAGUCGUCUCAAACUUAACCAGGUCUCGUUCCUUCACUAA